AUUGUACUUUCCCCUUCCCUGCUCCUUUUAUUAUUCGGCGUUUUCUUCGGAAUGAACAGAUAAAAAGGGAAAUGCAAGAUCGAGAAGAAGAAAUCAGCGGCUGAAAAAUCGAAGGCGGAAGAACAAGAAGAUCAAGGAGAAGAAGAGGGAAUCGGAGAAGAAGAAAUAUGAAGAAGUGUGAGCUGUGUGGGCAGCAAGCGAGGAUGUUCUGUGAGUCGGAUCAGGCGAACCUGUGUUGGGACUGCGAUGAGAAUGUUCACUGUGCUAAUUUUCUUGUUGCUAAACAUUCUCGGAGCCUUCUUUGUCAUGCGUGUCAGUCGCCGACUCCAUGGGCGGCUUCUGGUCGGAAGCUUACGCCGACGGUUUCCGUGUGUGAAGGUUGUGUUGAAGUCCAUGGUGGUAAAUGCGAGGAAGGUAGAUAUCUUGAACGCCGUAGAGAUAACGAGGAGGAAGUUGAUGAUGGUGAUGAUUUUGACGAUGGUGAAGGUUUUGGGAGUUAUGAGGGAGGUGAUAGUGAGGAAGAUGACGAUGACGAUGAGGAGGAGGAGGAGGACGAAGACGAUGAGGAUGGAGAAAACCAGGUGGUGCCGUGGUCUUGUGCAUCGUCCUCGUCCCCACCACCGCCUCCGACAGUGACUUCUAGCAGCGAGGGAGAGAUUUCAACCGGCGCUGGUGUCACAUCGAAGCGUAUGAGAGAGUGCGACGUCGAUCUCGAAUCUGAUGACGAUAUCGAGUGUUCUUCUGCGCGACAGAGUACAAGGCCAUUUUUCAAUGAGGAAGCGACUUCCUCGAGUUCCCAUAGGCCACUGAAGCAAGCAAGAGUUACGGGGCCGACACAAUCACCGAGCACCACCACACCGGACGAUGAAGCUUAUAAAGCAGAUUUAAAAUCCAUAUCUGUCGUUAGAUCUAUCCAGAAACUCCAGAAUCGUCCGCCCACCGACAUUAACGACGCUUCCAAAAUGAUUUUUGGGAUAUGCAAAAUGAGUAGAGAUCAGAAUCGUUGAUUCUUCACUAACCACACAAUGGAAGGUAGCUAGGGCUUUUUCUUUUCCCUUUUGGGUUAAUUUUUUUUUCAUUUUUCUCUCUAAUUGUCUGUCAUGAUCGAUUAAUUCAAGGAUUAUACCUGCUUGCUCAACUGUGUACAACCUAGAAUUUCCCCCCCUAUUUUCCAUUAGAUCAACUAUCAUCAUCAUCAUUUGUGAAGCCUGUUCAUGUGUAUCCAGAUAUUAAUUUACCCCACUUCAUUCUAUUAAUAGAUUUCUCUUUCACUUCA